UAUCCUUCGAAACCUCCGUCAUUUUCGCAGCGCUCUUCAUCUAAUAAUCCCAAGCAGCAAAAGCCAAAAACACACCACAAUAUCAGACACACACCACCACACAAUGACAAACUACAAGACCACCCCUCUCUUCGGCGGCGCCAUCGUCUGCGACCUCCCCGAACACUUCGCCGACGUCUCCCGUCUGCGCCAAGUCCCCGACCACCAAGAAGUCUACAUUGACAAAGACGGCUUCACCUCCAUCAUUGUCGAAAUCACCGAGCGCGUCGGCCCCGACGGCCCAACCUCGCUAGAAGAGGACGGUCGCGCGCUGACCACCCACCUCGAAGAGCUCGUGGGAGACGACGUCGACACCGUCAAGGUGUGGAACACCACCGAGACGCGAUUCAGCAAGCUUGACCCCUCAAUCCCUGCCUACACCUUGAUCGCCACCCAAACCCCCAAACAAUCCGACGACUCCGAUUCCCGAAGGAGCAGCAGGCAAGCCCCCGACUUUACGGCCCUCAUCCUCACGCUCGUCAGACUGGAGCGCGAGAAGACGGAUAUCCUCAUCACCAUCAACGUGCCGCACAUCAAGGGCGAGUACGACGAGGAAGACGUAGAUCUGGCGCUGGGCAAGCAGGGAGCCCUGCUGGGCAGGGCGGUGGAGUAUGCGGCGAAGAUUUGGGAGACUUUUGAGGUCAAGGAUUGGGGUUUGUUCAAGGAGCUUUAGGUUGAGUUGGGGAGUAGGAGGGGAUGUGGAUUAUGGCAAGAUUGUAUGGAUGGGAGAUGGGGGAAGAGGAGGAUAUUGGGUUUUUACUCCAAAGGAAAAUGGGAUUGGGUUGGAUUAAGAAGUAAAGCGCUUGGACAAAGGGAUACCUCGGAGGAAAUAAAAUGGGAGAGGAGGAGAUUAUUCAGGAUGAAGGGAUACCAGGAGAAUGAAUCACGGGGCGUUUGAUAUCAGGUCGGGUUGGCUACGAUAGGAGGUGGAUGAGUGACGAUUCAAAUCGGCUCUUUAGCAGAGAAGGGUUCUCACGCAGAGCUACAACAUCGUUCAUGAGACAUGUUUCUUAUUUCUUCUAGAACAGUAUUUACACUUCACUUAGGUAGCGAACUGAAUAUCCUCUGAUGUAUUCGGGGGUAUCAAUA